AUGAGGUUGCUUUCCUACUUCACCGCAAUACUGUGCACAACAGGAAUUGCCCUCUCAGCAACAACAACCAAAAGUGACAAGCUAGCACGCUUCCAGUCCCUCUCUCGAUCAACCCCCAUUGACCUAGACGAUUCGAUAUACAAUGAGCUUACAUCAGCGCCCCGAGACUACUAUGUCGCAGUGAUGCUUACAGCCACAGAUGCGCGCUUUGGCUGUGCUCUCUGCCGGGAAUUCCAACCGGAAUGGGAUCUCAUUGCAAAAAGCUGGAGCAAGGGCCAAGUCAGCGAUAUCAAUUUGAUAUUUGGCACUCUAGACUUUAGUAAUGGAAAAGACACAUUUAGACAGCUGAUGUUGCAAACUGCCCCCGUGGUACUACUAUUCCCUCCAACAGUGGGACCUGGCGCAACAGCCGAUGGAGCUCCUCAAAGAUUCGACUUGUUUGGCCCAACCACCGCCGAUCAAGUCUACGUCUGGAUCACCCGUCAUCUCCCCGAAGGCUCGAAGCCGCAAUUGGUGCGUCCCAUCAACUAUAUGCGACUUGCCUCCGCAGUCACCCUGCUACUUGGCGCAAUCACACUCUUCACAGUAACCUCGCCAUAUGUGAUUCCUAUUAUCCAGAAUCGGAACAUCUGGGCGGCCAUCAGCUUGAUUGCCAUCCUUCUAUUCACUAGCGGUCAUAUGUUCAACCAUAUUCGAAAGGUUCCAUAUGUUGCGGGAGACGGACGAGGUGGAAUCUCCUACUUUGCCGGUGGAUUUUCAAACCAGUUUGGCAUGGAGACCCAGAUUGUAGCUGCAAUGUAUGGCAUACUUUCCUUCGCAGUCAUCGCAUUAGCCUUGAGAGUUCCACGCAUGGCCGAUGCCAAGACGCAGCAAUUGGCUGUCAUUAUCUGGGGCGUCAUCCUUCUCGGCAUAUACAGCUUCCUUCUCAGCGUUUUUAGGGUUAAGAACGGCGGCUAUCCUUUCUAUCUGCCCCCAUUCUGA